GGCGCUCGCUCGCGUUUUUUGCAACUGCAGAUAAAGCUCGGCUGUGCGUGAAUUUUAAAUGAAAAGCUGGACAGAAAACAUUUUAAGUGCAUUUUGUACAAAGAAAUGAUUAAUGCCAGUAUUGUUGUUGUUGUGUGUGUGAAAAAGUGUGCAAAAAUAAAUGCUUAUUAAAUAGUAAAAUAAACAAAUGCUGCAAAUGUGCAAAUAACUGUGUAAAAGAUUUAUGUAUAUAUUUUCAAAAGAUUCAACAAAUUGUAACUACUGAAAUUUUACCAAGAUGCCAAAUGCGACGGAAGUGACAGCAAAUGCAAGUGACUCCAAAAAGCCAUUUAAAGUCAAGGACGUUACACGCAACAUUAAAAAAGCCGUCUGCGCCUCGAGCUUGGAGGAAAUUCGCGCUAAAGUGGCCGAGAAGUUUGAGAAAUGUGAAGAGCAGCCGACAAUCCAUUUGGACUCGGAUGGCACCGAGAUAGACGAUGAGGAGUAUUUCCGCACCCUGGACGAGAACACCGAACUGGUAGCUGUCUUUCCUGGCGAGCACUGGAUUGAUCCAACCCACUACGUGACAAUAACCACACCGAAUGGCACCGCCAAUGGCAGCAUCUCUGGCAAUCCGGAGAACGGUGAUACUACGGACGCCAACAGCUCGGAGUCGGCACGGAUUCGUCAAUUGGUGGGUCAACUGCAGAACAACUUGUGCAAUGUGUCCGUUAUGAAUGAUGCGGACUUGGACUCGCUGUCAAACAUGGAUCCCAAUUCGUUAGUGGACAUCACAGGCAAGGAGUUUAUGGAGCAGCUAAAGGAUGCGGGCAGACCACUUUGUGCCAAACGAAAUGCAGAGGAUCGUUUGAAUCUGUUGAAGCUGUUGAAGGCAGGUGCCAUUUUCUGCUCGGAACGUUAUCCGGAAGAUGCGGAGGCCAUUGAUCGUGAGAUUGGACGACAGCUGAAUGAAGCAGAGAGUGGACAGGUGAAUGCAACGGCUGCAAGUAAUACACGCACCAUCGAAGUGGUCCAGUGCGACAAUCAAAACACCACCAUAACCAUAACAGUGGCUGAGGCAAUUAAUUGCAGCAACAGUGAAACAAAUGCCGAGGCUGCAAAUGAAGCGAAUGCGAAUGGAAAUGGAAAUGGCAACAAUGGCGACAUCUGACUGCCUAUUUUGGGCAGCCUUAGAUAAAGCCUGGCCAAAAAGAAAUAGCCAAACUAAGGAUCCAAAGGCGAUGGCAAUUUUAUCAAAUGAAGUUUCAGAAAUACCACGAAAAUACCGAAAAAAUCAGUCCUGCAACAUUGGGUUAACAUACACGUAUUUGUAGCAAAUAAAACAAUACAUAAAUAGAACGAAACGAAUAAAAGAACUCUUAAGAG